AUGUUCUCGUCAGAGGGAUUGUUCCGGAACGUGUUCUUCCAGCCCUACAACGACCGGGGCUCGGCGAAAGUGAUUUGUUAUAACUCCGCCAAGAAUAGUAAGCAUUUUGUACAACGACUUGACUUGGAAAAAAUUUUGAGAACUCAUGACGGAUGUGUGAAUUCUGUGAAUUGGAACGAUUCUGGAUCUUUAUUACUUACGGCUGGUGAUGAUAAACAUAUAGUGAUUACUAAUCCAUUUUCAUACAAAGUUCUUGUUGAUUAUAAAACAAAACAUAAAACCAAUAUUUUCUGUGCAAAAUUUUUACCUACUUCAAAUAGCCGUAUCAUUUCAUGUGGUGCAGAUGGUUCUGUUCUCAAUCUUGAUUUGGAAAGACCAGAAGAAACUGAGUGGAAUUUCUUUACUUGCCACUGUAGCCAAUGCUAUAAACUGGAAACGAUACCUGACGAUCCUAAUAUAUUUCUAAGUUGUAGUGAAGAUGGUACAGUUCGCCAAUAUGAUCUUAGAACUGGUGUUAAAUGUACUAAACAAAGUUGCAAUAACCAUGAAUUCAUCGAUUGCCGUAGACCUGUUUCCACAAUUGCGAUAAACCCAGUUAAUCCUUAUCAACUUGCAAUUGCCACAAUAGAUAGUAUGGUUAGAAUAGUUGACCGAAGAAAAAUUAUGAAAAAAGAUUUAUUUCAAAAUAUUGUUCCUGAAUUUGCCUUUACUGUUCCUCAUCUUAGUCAUCGUGCUUAUCGUAUAACAUCACUGGCAUACUCACCUGAUGGCAGAGACGUGUUAGCCAGCUAUUCCUAUGAAGAAAUAUAUCUAUUUAGCCUCAGUAAAGAUUCUUGUACGACAGCUGUUGCAAAUGACUUUCUAGAAAAUGCUCCAAUUCCACCACCAUACAGACGGUUAAGAUUAAGAGGUGACUGGGCAGAUACUGGUCCUUCAUCUCGACCAUCUACUGAUAAUCUUGUAACAUCAAGGGUGCAGUCUCAAAUUAUGGCUCGAAUGAGUGAAAUGUUGAUUAGUGUGUUUAAUACACCAGAAUUAAACAAUGCCUUUAUGCAAAAUUGGGUACCAGAUUAUUCUCUAGCAAGUACUUUAAGUACAAUUGAACCACAAGGUGAAUUAGACGAAGUGGAUGUUCCUAUCAAUGAUGAUGUUGAUAAUUUAGCUAGUGAAAACAUCAACAACUCAGAUGAUGAUCAUAUUGAACAAUCCACUUCAAGUGGCAGUUUUCAAAAAAAAGAAAAUAAAUCAAAAACUAAUAAAAAACCGGCAGUAUUUGAUGAUUUUAUUGCACUUCAAGCAAUCAAAGCACAGUAUAAAGGUCAUAGAAAUGCUAGAACUUUGAUCAAAGAUGCAACAUUCUGGGGCAAUGACUUCAUUAUGUCAGGCAGUGAUUGUGGACAUGUAUUUGUAUGGGAUCGUUAUACAUGUGAACUAGUGAUGUUGUUAAAGGCCGAUGCUCAUGUGGUUAAUUGUAUUCAACCACACCCUAGUAGGCUUUUACUUGCAACUUCUGGUGUUGAUCAUAAUGUUAAACUUUGGAGUCCACUAAGUGCUGAUAAAAUGUUUUCUCAAUCAUUUGCAACAGAGUUAGUUGAAAGAAAUGAAAUAAUGAUGGAACAAUCAAAAGAUACAGUUACAGUGUCCGCGUCUUUAAUAGUGCGAAUGCUUCAUUAUUUCAACGUACUUAGGACGACAACUGGAACUCCGGGCAGUACAAAUACUAAUAAUGAAACUUAA